GUAACUGAAAUUCUUUGCAUUGUUACUCAAACGUUCUACGACGUCUGAGAAAAUGAGUGUGCCUAUUGUCCGUCUUGGCUUACUGUAUUCAACAUGUGAAUAUAAUUUCGGGCACCCUAAGCACACUCGAUCUUAUCUGAUCUUGGAACCAAAGUGGGAUGUUGCCUGUUUAGCACUCGCAUCAUAGACCACCUGGGAACUGUGCUGUAAGCUUAGGGGUGGCUGUUGGACGUCUGUUAGUCGGAAAGUUUGAUCCACACUUCCUCCGGUCUGUGCCGCAAGAUGCUGAACUCCUGGUUAUCCCAGUGCAUCCUUAAUGUGUGUCUGAAUAGGUAACUUUUGUUACUUUAGUGCACGAGUGGAAAAUGUAAUGUGAUUAGAGUAAUGCAGUAAUUAACCAAACUGAGUCUUUUUAAUAAGAUUUGGGUGACUAUUCUUUGCUGGGGAAAGGCUUUGCUCAAAAGGCUACAAGUGGAAAGUCUUUUCACAGGGGCUUUGCUUCAUGUCUGUUCACAACAAAAUUGACCUUUUUUAAACUUUUAUUUAACAAAGAGGUCCUUUAAUUUUUAUUUUAUUUUAUUUUUUUUUGCCUCAAGGACAGAACAUGAAGAGACACGAGACAAAAAUAAGGACAAAUCAGGACAAACAAGUAACUGAAUACAAAUACAGAGCCCAGCUUAGGAAUGUCAGGAUCAUUCUUCAGUGCGAAGUAAAAUGAUACAUGAAGGCUGAAGGUUGGUUUCUGCCAUUAUCAGUAAAACCGAACUGAUCAUAAUGGAGUUGGGGCUGAUAAACAACACCAGCGUUUUCCUGAUACAAAACAAAGAGAAGACUUUAGAACAAACUGCGUCUGUUUGUAUUAUCAGAGUUUUAAAGUGGGAAAAAACGGCACACGUCCACUCUAAAGAAAUUAAGAGAUAAAGUUAGCUUGGUAUAUUGUGUUACAGUUAUCACUGUCUCAUCGGUGUGCUGUGUUUAUAGCUGGUAAUACUGGAAAACAGGCCUGUCACAUUCUGAGGAAGGUCCAAGUCACAUUGACACAGCACUAAAAAUCAUGUUUUACUGUGUGGGAAGUUAAAAUGAGCUGGACUUGGUUUAGAACGGCUUCUUUGAAUCAAACUGUUUUAAGUCUCAGGAACACAAUACAGAAAAAUAAGCCUGCUCAUACCGGAGCUAUCAAGAUUUCCCCUGACAGAGGAUCCGUCCUCACCUGCUCCUUGUUGGGUUUUCCUGGGUUUUAUUCUGCAGGUUGUGAUGAAACUGGAUUAACUUUGUUUGGUAUUUAAAUUAUUUAUUUGCAGCAUUUGUAACUUGAAUCUUGUUGAUGUACCUUAAGUUCUGCCAGCAGAGAGUGACAGAGAGGAGAGGUGAGGAGGGCAGGGGGAGGAUCCAGAGAUGGAUGAUUGGCAGCUGGUGGGCGGGGCUUAACAUGUGAGAGGCUAGACUGAGAGUUGCAGUGAAUCAGACCUCACCGGAGGCGAGACACACGGCACACAGACAGACAGACGGACGGAAAGACAGGAAGAGAGGAGCUAAAAUGGUCUUAAACUGGAAUACACAGCGACUGACAGCACACUGCAAACAUGGACUCUGAAUCUUUGGACCGGUGCAUCCAGUCGGCUCUGGCAGCCCUCUACCCACCCUUUCAAGCCACAUCCCCAACUGUCCUCUGUCAGGUCCUCAGCGUUGUGGAGCGCUGUUACCGAGGAGACGGCCUCCGCUACCUCCUCCACUUCCUGCUGCCGGCAAAGCAGUUCUUACAAAACCUCCAGCAGGAUGCCUGUCUGCAGUACUGUGGUUUCCUGUUUCGUCAUGAAGGCUGGCCUUUGUGCAUCCACGAGAAGGUAGUCGUGCAGCUCAGUCAUCUGGACCCACGCCUCCUCCGUCCAGGAGACUUCUACCUGCUGGUUUCUCCUUCUGCAGCCCCACCCCCUCCUCGAGCACACAGGGCCUCCUGGAGGGGCGACAUCCCGUUAAAACCGCGCCUGCUCCUGUGCAGCAAGUCGGCCGGCAGCCAUCAUGUGGAGCAGCAGGAGGUGUCUGGCGUAGCUCUGCAGUCGCUCUUUAGCAUGGCCUGGUUAGACUCCGUCAACAGGGAGAGGGAGCAGCGCGGAGCAUCCAGGUUGGAGCGCUGCCUCCUCUCCACCCACGGAGACGUCUUUAGGGUCCCCUGGGAGGAUCUGGUCUACCCACAAUUCAUCAGUCGGCCCUGUGCUGCUCCGAAGGAGGACCAGGACUCCUCCAUUAAGGGCAAAGAUGUGGCAAUCAAGACAUCAUCUGACAACAACAGAGAAGCAACCUCUUCAAGUGAUGUGAAGCACCUCUCAUCUUCGCCUAAAACAGACCAAUCACCAGCAAACAGCGGGGGCGAGGACUCGGAGGGGGAGUACGUGGAGCUGACGGAGCUCCCGCUUCCUCGCUUCUCCCCACAGAAAGGCUCUUUAACCCAGUCCAUCAGCCUGCAGCACCGAGCCAGGACAAGUACACAUACCACCACACACACACUGUCUGCUGCUACCGCACACACUCCUCAAACCACCAACAUACACUCUGCUGCUUCCACACUCACUGCUCACGCACACAGCAACUUCCCGCAGCCCUGUGAGGAUGCAACCUGCAGGCUCAUGGAAGAGAGCAUCCACCAGGACCACCGUGAAGCUGUGGUCCCGACCCCUUUCUCCUCCUCUGCCCCUCCUGAAGUCACAGGAACAUCCAUCUGUGAAUCGGAAGAAACAAAAGGUACUGACACAGGCACAAAUCUGAACACUAAACCUGAAACCUGCACAGAAAUGAGCGUGGAGGAGGGGGGGGAGGAGCAAAGUAACAAGGAGGAAGCUGUAAUUUCAGCUGCUGAGGAAGAAGAGGAGGUGCCAAAGGAGGAAGAGUUCCCAAGUGAUGAGGAGGAAGCUGAAAGUGAAGAUACAGAGGGAGAUGGAGAAGACGAGUUGAAUGAAGAUGGAGAAGAUGAGGUAGAAGAAGGCCCAGAGGAAGUAGAAGUAGAGGUCGAGGAGGAGAUACAGGUUGUGAUUGUGCAACAAAGUAAAGAAAGAAAUGAGGAUGAGGAAAUGGUGACAGAAGAUGCAAGAGGAGGAGAGACAGAAGAAGAAAAGGGAUGUGGAGAGGUUCACACAGAUAAAGACUCUUAUUUUGAAAGUAACGCACAACAAAAGCAAUCUGAGGACUUUUAUUUAAAAAAUAACACACAACAAGCACACUCCAUCGACUCGGUAACAGAAACAGAUUAUAAAGACUCUUAUUCUGAAAAUAACACAAAACAGAAACACUGGCAGGGCUCUUAUUCUGAAAGCAAAACUACAGAACCAUACUACGAGGACUCUUAUUCUGAAAACAUAAAACCAGUAAAAACCUCAAAUUCUGAAAGUGAUGCACAGCAAUCGCACUCCAGUAACUCUUGCUUUGAAAAUUGCAAAACACAAAUACAUUCUGAGGAAUCUUAUUCUGAAAGAAUAGCUACAGAAUCAUAUUGCAAGGACUGUUAUCCUGAAAAUAACAAACAACCACUACACACUGAGCACUCUUAUUCUGAAAACACGGCACCAGAAACGCACUCUGUGGACUAUUCGGAAAACAUAAAAAACAUAGACUCAGAAACCUUAUAUCCUGAAAAUGCCACACAGCGUGCACACGCUGUUGACUCUUAUUUUGAAAGCAACAAACCACAAAGUAAAUCUGAGCAGUCUUAUUUUGAAAACAUAGCUACAGAGUCACGUUGCGAGGACUGUUAUCCUGAAAAUAACAAACAACCACACAUUCAGGACUCUUAUUCUGAAAACACAAUACUAGAAACAUACUCGGUGGACUCUUAUUCUGAAAACACAGUACGAGAAGCACAUUACAAAGACUCUUAUUCUGAAAGUGACACUAAACAGACAGACUCAAGUGACUUUAAUUCUGAAAAUAACAAGCAAGAGAUGGCAAGAGACUCUUAUUCUGAAAGCAACAUAAAAGAAACAGACACUGAGGGCUCGUAUUCUGAAAACACAGCACCAGAAACGCACUUCGCGGACUAUUAUUCUGAAAGUACAGCAAGAGAACGACACGCUGACUCAGAAAAAAAUAAACAGCGUCACACUGAGUGCUGUUAUUUUGAAAAAACAGCAACAGAACCAUAUUACAAGGACUCUUAUUCUGAAAAACAGACAAAGCACACAUUCUCUGAAGGGCCCAGCACAGGAUACAAGCAGAUCAAGGAUUUGUUUUCUGAAAACAGCACACAUCUAACACAACACAGGGACUCUUAUUGUGAAAGCAACACACUGCAAACACAUCAAGGAACUUUUAAUUCUGAAAAAGAAACACAACCUCAGAGCUCUUCUGAAAAUAAUACAGAAGACUCUCACUUAGCAAGCACAUAUUCUGAAAAUACACCUGACCCUGGGGACUCUUAUUCUAAAAACAAAGCACAUUGCGAUGACUUUUAUUCUGAAAGCAGUGCACUUCAGGGACCCACAGAAGAAUCUGAUCAAUCCAGUACUGGUGAGAAUAAUGCGGAGGAGUGUAAAACACUGCACUGCGUCUCCACACCAGCAGCACAUCAAAACUUGCUUCCGACAAAAGCUGAGGAGUCCAACAGUGGACAGGAAGUCCAAAAAGAAGAGGAGCAGUGGAGCUGUGAGGAGGCUGCUGGAGCUUCAGAGUGUCACACUGAAGGCCUCUGCAGUGAGCUGCGUCCUGCCCAGUCAGAGGUUGCUCUGGCUGCUGGUUCGAAUCCGACAGAACAACCAGCAGCUGUUCCAAGGGUAGUCCAGCCUGUCACCCAGUCCUCCCAGUCCAGACUGUACAGUAUGCUGCUGAGGUCUGGAGCUGUUUGUCUGCCUGGAACCAGAGACAAAGGUGGGCGAGCGCUGCUUACCGUCUCCACCACGAGCCCCGUGUGGUCCCACCUGGACUGUGACAGCACUGAGCUGCCCCGCCUCCUCCUUUACUACACCUCCACCCUCAGGAAGGAGGUGCUAGCUUCGGGGCUGACGGUGUUGGUGGAUGCCCGUGGAGCUGCUCCCUCUCCCGCCCUGUACUCCGCCCUCAGGUCGCUGCAGGAGGACACACCAGUCUCCAUCCACGGUGUUUUGAUCCUUGCUAACAAGGACUCAUCUCUGCGUGUGGACAAACCUGCAGCUACACAGGUGGAGGUGCUGAGCUCUCCAAAGUCUGUCCAGAAACACGUGGAGCUCCGACAGCUUCCCCUGGAGUUUGGAGGAUCCUUCAUCUUCAGUCAGAGCAGCUGGGUCAGCUUCAGAUUGAGACUGGAGCAGCUGACCCGUCAGUGUGAGGACGUCAUCAGCCUGCUGCAGAAGAGCAUCAACGCGCUGCAAUCCACACCUUUACCGAGCACUGCUGAGGAUGCCGAGCUGCUGCUGUCCCGCUACAGGGCAGUGAUGUGCAGCAUCCUCGCAGACAGCCGAUUGGUGCAGCUCCAGCAGGAGGGCGGCGCCUCGCUGGCGUGGCUGCGCAGGGAGGAGAGCAGCGUCGGCGUGGCGGUGGACCAGCGGGCGGCGGUGGAGUCAGUGUCGACUCUGUACGAGCAGGUGGACGAGCUGCUCCACCGCCUGGUGAUGCUGUCCAACUCCAAAACGCAGGAGCUGAACUUCAUCGCAGACUUCAGGAACCUGGAGCAAGGUUUCAGCGAGGUGAAGACGUGGCUACAGGAGGUUGGUGAAGUUCGUCUGAAGAUUCUGGAAGAGCCGGCAGACUCUCUGGUGCUUCUGAAUGAAAAACAGCAGGACUACAAGGACUUCUGCACAACGGCAUACGACCAGUGUAAACGAGGCAAGGAGCUGCUGUCUCGGCUGGAGCGCCGGGACGACGUGCCGUCCGCUGACCUCCACAUUUACGAGGACAAAGUUCACUCCUUCUGGGCUCAGCUGCAGGAUUUCACUCAGCGGGUCAGCAGUACCGGGCAGAACAUCGAGCGGGCCGUCCGACUCUACAGCUUCUUAGAUCAGGCUUAUGGCUGGGCGCUGCAGGGUAUGCGUCACCUAGCUGGGAUCAGUAUGGAGGACUGCACACUGCCAGACAAAUGCCAAGCUGUGAUUGGCUGCCUGGAGGACUACCAGCGUCUGCACCCACCAAUCCCAGACGCCUGUUUUCAGGAAAUGAAGGUGGCUGCGGGUGAACUGCGGGGCGAGCGAGGCCUUCGUCAGUGGAGCUUCGCUUGGUCCAAGUGUCAAGAGACCAAGAAGAUGUUUGACAGGAAGAUGGAGGCAGCACUGAAGACGCGUGACUCCGCCCACAGGCGCCGCUCUGACUCUGCCACCAGCAGGAGCUCCAUCUCCUCCAGGAAGUCUCUGUCAGGACUCUGGGGGGCCCGUGACACCUCCUCAUCCUCCUCCCGCCUGCCAGAGGAGAAAACAAAGGCCUCCUCACCCCCUUGUAAUGCCUCCUCGGUUCUUUCCAUUACCUCCACCCCUGCUGGCUCUGCCUCACCUCCCACCCCGCAGCACACGCCGCUCCUCCGGCGACUUUUUCGCAGCUCCUCCUCAGACGAGUCCUCAGACCGUGUGGAUAUCACUUCCUGCAGUCCCAGACUCCACCGCCUGGAUUCUUCUCCCUGCUUCACUCCAUCAUCGUCUUCCUUCUCCAUCUCCUCUUCCUCCUCUUCCUUCUCCUGCAGACGACAGCAGCUCAGGAAGACUCAGAGUUUCGACUGCCCCGCCACCCCGGAGACGUCGCGCUACAGCCCGUCUGCUCGCGCCCUCAGCGAGCCAGUGCGCAGAGGAAACACGGGUGUGUUCAUUCGUGGUCUGGAGGUCAGCAGCACUGAGGCAGCAGACCGCACGCUCUGCCCCAGGACGCCUUCUCACAGCUGGGGAGGGCAGGGGCCACAUAGCCCCGGGACACCCAGCACACCCACCGGAGAACCCCGACCCAGGAGCAGCAAGCUGCGUCACAUUGUGGAGGAGAUGGUGAACACGGAGCGCGAGUAUGUCCGCUCACUGCGUUACAUCAUACAUCACUACUUCCCCGAGAUGGACCGAGCAGACCUCCCGCAGGAUCUCAGGGGGAAACGCACCGUCGUCUUCGGCAACCUGGAGAAACUCCUCGACUUCCACAGCCAGUUUUUCCUGAAGGAGCUGGAGGCCUGCUCGAAGCACCCGCUCAGAGUGCCGCACUGCUUCCUCAGACACCAGGAGCAGUUCGGUCUGUACGCUCUUUACAGCAAGAACAAACCCAAGUCUGACGCUCUUCUGGCGAAUCACGGACACUCCUUCUUCAGAAGGAAGCAGCUGGAGCUGGGCGAUAAGAUGGACCUGUCCUCCUACCUGCUGAAGCCCGUUCAGAGGAUGAGCAAAUACGCGCUGCUCCUCACUGACCUCAUGAAGGAGGUGGGCGUGGCACAGGAGGCGGAGCUUACGGCACUGCAGUCUGCCACCAAUAUGGUCAAGUUCCAGCUUCGCCAUGGAAACGACCUGUUGGCCAUGGACGCCAUUCGAGACUGUGACGUGAACCUGAAGGAGCAGGGUCAGCUGAUCCGGCAGGACGAGUUCACUGUCUGGAGCGGGAGGAGGAAAUGUCAGCGUCGCAUCUUCCUGUUCGAGGAGCUCGUCCUCUUCAGUAAACCUAAGAAGAUGGAGGGAGGGCUGGACGUCUUCAUCUACAAACACUCCUUCAAGACGGCGGACGUUGGUCUGACAGAGUCGACGGGGGACAGCGGGCUGAAGUUUGAGAUCUGGUUCAGGAGGAGGACAUCCAAGAAUCAGACCUUCAUCCUUCAGGCGACAACGACGGACGCAAAACACGCCUGGACAAACGACAUCGCCCGAAUCCUGUGGACCCAGGCCACGAGGAACAAAGAGAUGCGUUUGAAGGAGAUGGUGUCGAUGGGCGUGGGCAACAAACCGUUCCUGGACAUCCAGCCGAGCGACGCGGCCAUCAGCGACCGAGCCGUUCACUACAUGAUGAAGAGCAGAGGUGCCAGAACGCGGGCGUCCAUCGCCGUCUCCGUCUUCGACCAUUCGAAUCCUUUUAAAAGGGGAACGGUGACCUCUGACCCUGCAGCAUUAGGCCCGUCUUCAGCCAGCCUGCUGGGACCGCUCAAUCUGCACAUGUACAGUCAGAGCAUCCCCCCUCCUCCCACCGCUCAGAGCUCCUUCAGCGCUUCGUGCAUCGAGGAGGACGAGCAGGAGCACGAGACCAGCAGCCAGCCCUCCAUGACCACUGAGAGUUCAGGUUCGUCGUCUCGCUGCCUCUCCGGCUCUACUGGCUCCGACAGCGGCUGCGUGUCCUCCCACCUCCAGGAAGCGCUGCCCGAGGAGCCCUCCCCCUCUUCCCCCAGCAAACUGCACCUCAACAGCCCGUACAUUUCAGCUAAAGCAGCUGCAGUCAUCAGCCCGGCAACCAUCGUGUGAUCAGCUCGCCUGAAUGACGUUCCUGUAAGUCUGCAGGUCCUCACAGAGGGAUUGUGUUUGGGGGGAAAACUGGAAAUGGGCAAACCCUGACGGCUUUUUGGGUUAUUGCAGAAAAUAAGCGGGAAAGCAAAGUAUGAGAAUAUAAAUCAAAAAGGGAAGAAAAAGGCAUACAACCCGAGCAAACUGUUAAUGAUAACGUUAACCAUGCGAGUCUUUCUAAAGACAGGCAGGCAGACGUAAAGGCUGACACAUGAAGCAAAAGCUAUAACAAUGAGUUCGCAACAGAUCAGAGACUCUGUGAGCUCAGGAUGGUCGCCUUUAAGUAAUCUGCAUUAAUCUAAGCCCCGCCCCCAAGAAAACACUGAUCACCAGGUAAAAAUAUAAACGAGUAAAACACGAUUCCAGCGGCUGCUGGAGGUCACCGACUGGUCUCUGUUUGGUCUGAUGACCCCAGUCUCAUGUCUCUGAGGUGAUGCGCGAGACCUCCAUACAUACCUUAAAUCAGUCUGUGUGUGCGCGCAGGUUCGUCUGCUUCCUGCUGCAGUUCUGCGUUUCCUCCUGUUUGACCCGGACGUCAGACAGCUGCUUUCAUUUGUGUUGUAAAUAAGGACAGUUUGAGUUCGUCUCCUCGCCGCCGCGUCCGUUUGUCAUGCUGACCCAGGGUCAGUCUGCGGGCGGGCCGGCGUGCUGUGAGGAUGGCAGGUUUGUGUCUGUACAUGUGUGUAAAUAAACCCUCAGCUGAGCGUCUGCUGUCACUUUUUACUUGAAUAAUAAACUGAGUUUGUUCACAUG